GGCUAGUUGAUGAGUCCUGGAGCCGCGGGCGUGGAGCGCCGCGGGAAGCGGGAAGACGGCGAGCGUUAGGUUCGUUUGGGACUCGCCGUGCAAAUGGCCCGGGCGUCCCGCUCUAGUAGCCUUCUGCCGCCACUCGCUAACGUACCCUCAUCGUGGGCGCAGCCCGUGGGCGCUGGGGAGGAGCGGGGCGAGGGGAGACACGGAGGGCCAGGCCUCCUGGCUGCGGUGAGCGUCCCAUGCCCGGACUCCAGCAGACAGCCGUGGGCUACCGCAUCUGCAUGUGGCCCGAUGCCCUUCGCUCUUCAGCGGCUCCGGGCCACGUUGCUUCGUCUGCACCGGGAGCGAGAGCAGCUCCUGCGGGCCCGGGACUGCGCACGCCACCUGCAGGCGGUCGUACGGCUGCUCCGCUCCGGCUCCUCGGCGGGUUCCCUCUCGCUGCAGCAGUUGCACGGCGAUUUACAGCUGUGCCCUUCGCGUGGAGCGGCGCUCCGCCUCGGCUUCCCGGGCUCCAAGGAAACGCUUCUCCUGGCUCGCCCUGUCGGGCUAGCUGCCCAGCACCUGGACGCUACCAUCGAGAUGCAGCUUCGUGCACUAGGCCGGGCACCCGCUAGCCUGGGCCUGACGUCCCAGCUAGCGGAAUUGUUGCUGGCCCUUCCCUUCUACCUCACUCUGCAGGGACAUUCCCUGAGCUUCGCCCCCGGGGCCGCGCGCCCAUUCCCCGCGGCCCGUGUGCUACACCUCCUGGCUGCAGAGCGGGGUUGUCAGAUGGCAGAUAGGCUGGCUGAAGCCCUUGGCGGAUCGGGCUUGCAGGAGCAGCUCCGUCGUCAGUGCGACCAAGAGCGAGAGCUGCUGCCGGGGCUGCUGGGUCUAGUAGGGGGUGUGGCUAGCAGCGACAGCAGUGGACUGAGGCUUGGAGGGCCUGGAGCCCUGUGGAGCCAGUAUUGGACCUUGCUGUGGGCAGCCUGCGCUAAGUGUUUGGACCUACACGUGGGACCUUGGGGGGACCCCAGGGCAGUGGCACAACAGCUGAGUCAGGCGCUGUGUCAAGCAUCACUGCCUCAAGAGUGUGAGAAGGAGCUGUUGUCUCUGUGCCACAGCCUAUUUCAUCGGUCUCUUAUCUGCAGCUGGGACCAAGGGUUCUGCCAGGCCUUGGGAUCAGCCCUGGGGGGUCAGAGCAGCCCUGCUUCACUGUCUCCUACUGCUGAGCUGUUACAGCGGCUUUUUCCUCCCCUCUUGGAUAUCCUUCGACAGCCUAGGUCAGAACUUAGCCUGUGUCAGCCUGCAGGUCCUUCGCCUGUCGCUCUGGGACUCUGUACCCUGCAGACCACCUUGCUCUGGUUCUUGGGCAGAGCUCAGCAGCACCUGGCAGCGUGGGCCCCCGGUUCCUUCCUGCUGCUGACCCAGAAAGACUUGCCUCCUCUUCUGCGCGCAGUGGAAGCUCUGUCCAGCCUGGCCUCCGAGGCAGCGGUCACCCUGGAAGUGGAGCAGCCGCUGGGCCUGGAGAUCCAGAAGUUGACAGCAAAGAUGCAGCUCCUGCCCAAAGAGUCACUGAGUCUUUUUUUCCAAGAAUGUCAUAAACAAGCCACACGAGGCUUCAAGCUCCACAUGCCAACCGGUCGAUACUGGAGACUUCGACUGGGUCCAGAACAUCCCAGUGACCCUAGUGAGUACGCUCGGAUGGUGGUCUACUCUGUGUUGGAACCUGUGUUGCAAGGACUGCGGGGAUUGCCGCCCGAAACCCAAGCCCCUGCCCUCAGCCAGGCACUGACAGCCACACUGGGCGCCUGGCUUGACCACAUCCUCACCCUUGGGAUCCGGUUCAGCCUGCAGGGGGCGCUGCAGCUCAAACAAGACUUCGGAGUGGUCCGGGAGGUUCUGGAACAGGAGCAGUGGGGACUGUCCCAGGAGCUUCGCCAGACUCUGCUCUCCCUCAGCAUCUUCCAGCGGCUAGAUGGGGCCCUGCUGUGUCUACUGCAGCAACCCCUGCCCAAGAACCCAGUCCAGAGAAGAUCUCCCCGUUGCUGUUUUUGUAAUGAGGUCCAGACCACUGAACUUCCCAGCAGCAGCCUCAACAGCCUGGAAAGCUUGGCACCCCCUCUACGGCUUGGAGUCUCCCCUGCCCGGAACGCGCACCUGCUAAGCACCCUGGGAGGAAGAGGACGAGGGGGAGGGGGAGGCGGAGGCCCUAGUCCUGAGGCCUACCUGGCCGGAAACCAGCAGGCCUGGCUUGCCCUGAGGCUGCACCAACACCCUCGUUGGCACCUGCCUUUUUUUUCUUGCCUGGGGACAAGUCCUGAACCCUAAGUUGGCUAGGCCCAGGAGUUCCAAAUCAUGCCCCAGACAGGGAACUGAAUGUUAGAGAGGCGUAAAACUGGGCGCUUGAUAAAACAUGUUCAUAAACUAGA